UCCGCAGCCACGAUGGAGGCCGGCGCCGGAGCGAAGCGGAGCCUGGAGGAGCCGGACGCGGAGCCGGAGCAGACGGACUCGGAGUCGGAGGAGGAGCCAGCGGCCGCGGGCCGUGGAGACUUCGCGGCGGGCUUCGCGUUCUCCGAGAAGGAAGCCGCAGCAGGAGCGGGCAGCGGGGCCUGGGCGGAGGCGCUGGGGCAGAUCAAGCGCAAGCGCUGCGCCACCAGCUUGGAUGAGAAGAUCGCGACGGUGAGGAGGCAGCGCAGAGCUCAGGAGAAAGCGACCACAGAUGGAGAAGCAAAGAGAGAGGGCGGAGAGACCACCCAGGAAAAUGAGGCAAAGGCCGGGGAUAGCGAGGAGGAAGAGGAGCUGCGGUCGGAGCAUUCCUCAGCGGAUGAGAGCGUCUUUGCAAAAGCUGAUACCCUAAAGCUGAAGCAGCGGUGGAAACAGAAGCAUGGCGAAAAGGAGGAAGCCACACAAUUCUUUCAAGAAGAUGCUUCGCAGUACGAUGACAGUUUGUCCUUCCAAGACAUGAACCUCUCUCGACCUUUGCUGAAGGCCAUAACCGCCCUGGGCUUCAAGCAGCCUACCCCCAUCCAGAAGGCCUGCAUCCCUGUAGGACUGCUGGGGAAGGACCUGUGUGCGUGUGCGGCCACAGGAACAGGAAAGACUGCAGCCUUCAUCCUUCCUGUCCUGGAGCGCCUGAUCUACAAACCUCGCCAGGCCCCUGUCAGUCGGGUGUUAGUGCUGGUGCCAACCCGGGAGCUGGGCAUCCAGGUGCACUCCGUUACAAAGCAGCUGGCUCAGUUCAGCAGCAUCACGGUGUGCCUGGCAGUGGGUGGCUUGGACCUCAAGACCCAGGAGGCAGCCCUGCGCUGCGGCCCCGACAUUCUCAUCGCCACUCCUGGCCGCCUCAUCGACCAUCUGCACAACUGUCCCUCCUUCCACCUGGGCAGCAUUGAGGUCCUCAUUCUGGAUGAAGCCGAUCGGAUGUUGGAUGAGUAUUUUGAGGAGCAGAUGAAAGAGAUUAUCCGGAUGUGUGCUCGGCAUCGCCAGACCAUGCUCUUUUCUGCAACCAUGACGGAUGAGGUCAAGGAUUUGGCUUCGGUGUCUUUGAAAAACCCCGUCCGGAUCUUUGUGAACAGCAACACGGAGGUGGCCCCCUUUCUGCGCCAGGAGUUCAUCCGCAUCCGUCCCAGCCGUGAGGGGGACAGGGAGGCCAUUGUGGCAGCUCUGCUCACUCGGACGUUCCCGGACCACGUGAUGCUCUUCACCCAGACCAAGAAGCAGGCCCACCGCCUGCAUAUCCUCCUGGGCCUGAUGGGUCUCCGUGUCGGGGAGCUGCACGGCAACCUUUCCCAGGCCCAGCGGUUGGAGGCUCUCCGGCAAUUCAAGGACGAGCAGAUCGACGUGUUGGUGGCCACCGACGUUGCCGCCCGAGGCCUCGAUAUCGAAGGUGUCAAAACAGUGAUCAACUUCACCAUGCCCAACACCACCAAGCACUACGUCCACCGGGUGGGGCGCACAGCGCGGGCAGGGCGCGUGGGCCGCUCCGUGUCCUUAGUGGGCGAGGAAGAGCGCAAGAUGCUGAAGGAGAUUGUCAAGGCUGCCAAGGCCCCCGUCAAGGCCAGGAUUCUCCCCCAAGACGUGAUUCUGCGCUUCCGGGAGAAGAUUGAGAAGCUGGAGCCAGAUGUGUACGCUGUGCUGCGCUUGGAGCGGGAAGAACGGGAGCUGCAGUGCUCGGAGGCCCAGAUCAACACUGCCAAGCGGAAGCUGGACAGCGGUUCCCAGCAAGCAGCUGGAGGCCCUCCCCGCAGCUGGUUCCAGAGCCAGGAGGAGAGGAAGAAGGAGAAGCUUGCCAAGGCUCUCCAGGAGUUUGACCUGGCGCUUCGAGGCAAGAAGAAGAGGACAAAGUUUGUGAGGGAUUCUCAGAAGAAGGUUCAGCCGACGCCAGAGGAACGUUCCCAGUUUGAGAUCUUGAAGGCCCAGAUGUAUGCUGAGCGGCUGUCCAAGAGGAGCCGCCGGCCCAAGCGAGCCCGGGCCAUGCCGGAGGAAACGCCGCUGGUGGAAACGAAGGCUGGCCUUCCUUUGAAGACCGCAAGCCCCUGGGCUUCCCAGAUAGAAGGAAAGGAGGGAAAUUUAAAACCAAGUCCAGGUACAGGCGGAAGUGAGCGCACCUGUGAGCCUCCACACAGCAGCCCUUGUGGAAUUUGGGAGCCCUUCACAUUCGCCCCCCCUGCAGCAGCCUAGCAGUUGGAAACAAGCAGCGGCUGCCGCUUUAGGACUCGGCUGGGAAACUGGACCUCGGGAGGGAUGUCAGUUGGGUCUCCUGCUUCUCUGGAGCUUCCCAGGAAGACCUUGAGACCAAAUAAACCAACCGUUGUUGACUCACCUGCCUUGCUAUGGAGCCCGAGGCUUUUGUGUGAUCUUUGCCUAACAGCUAUUAAAGGAAGCUCUCUUCAUUCUCCUGAAA